AUAUGGUCACAAAACUUUAUCAGUCUAAAAACCAUCAUGUUCGUCGCCAAGAGCUCUGCCAUUUUGGCCAUUACAAUCGUGCAGUUGGUGGCCUUUAUUCAAGGAGGCGUCUACAGCAACCAGGACCAAUGGGUUCAAAUGAAUAGGACACUGGACUUCCCCAAGAACGCGGUGCUCGGUGGCAUGGAUCCGGAUGGCUACUACAACUACGUGGGCCGCUGGGAUUACAGCGGCAGUAUCAUGCCCGCCCGAGUGGUUCCAGAAUUGAGUAAAGCCACCUUCAACACCCUGUUUGAUAACUACGUGACCUAUUAUUUUGAUGUCCUGGUGUCCAAUGAGACUAUUAGCUAUCAUUGGAAACGAAGCUUUGAUGGCUUUCGUGAGGAAAAUGCCGUAUCCGUGGGAACUGAUUCAGAUCAUUAUCCAGUAUACAUCUGCCGAGCAUAUUCCGAUAGUUCUGUCAUUAUUGGAACCCUGCUCCUGGCCCGGCGCUUUUGCGUCAUUAAAUACGAAUCCUUGCCAAUUCGUUACCAUUCUAAAUACGAAAUCCUUGUCAGGGAGUACAAGUUUGUCUAGAAAAAAAUCAUAUAUGUGUUAUUGAGUUUAAUAAAAAGAUAAAGUAUUGGGAAGAACAA